UUCUAAAUACAGAAUCAAAUACAGAACCAAUGUAAACAUUGUUUUUAAACUAAGUAAAUCUCUCACAAAAUAAAAUGGCAUUAAACGGAUUUUUCGAAUUCUUUCAAAAGGGCAAGACUUUUAGGCCAAAGAAGCCCCUUGCGUCGGGAACAAUAAGAUAUUCUUUGCACAAACAAGCUCAGGCAAGUCUGCAAUCUGGAAUUAAUCUUCGGCAGGUUGUGCGGCUGCCGCAGGGGGAAAAUCUAAACGAUUGGCUAGCUGUUCAUGUUGUAGAUUUUUUUAAUCGCAUAAAUCUCAUCUAUGGUACUGUUUCGGAGUUUUGCAACGAAACUACCUGUCCUACAAUGUCUGGGGGCUCGCGAUAUGAGUAUUUGUGGGCUGAUGGAGAUCUCUAUAAAAAGCCAACCGCACUCUCAGCUCAGAAGUAUAUUGAGCAUUUAAUGGACUGGAUUGAGACACAAAUUAAUAAUGAAUCCGUUUUUCCUGUUUCCACAGAUGUUCCUUUUCCAAAAAAUUUCUCCGCGAUAAGUCGUAAAAUUUUAACCCGGCUUUUUCGAGUUUUCGUCCACGUUUAUAUCCACCAUUUUGAUAGGAUUGUGAGCAUUGGAGCUGAAGCUCAUGUUAAUGCCUGUUACAAACAUUUUUACUACUUUGUGCAAGAAUUCGACAUGAUUUCAGCCAAGGAGCUGGAACCUUUACAAGAAAUGACAUCUAGAAUUUGCAAAGAUAAGGAUUCAGUGUAACCCAUAAUACAUUGUGAUGUAAAUAUUUAUUGUUUAUUAAAAAAUAAAUAAGCUUUUAGUAAACAUAUUCAGCAGACAA